UUGGACACGGGACACGACUCGGUCAGCGACUCAGCAACCUGGCCGACGAUCAUUUAGACUACACAAGGGAAACGGGGACCCAAAAAAAAAAAAGGAAAAAAAGGGAAUUUCGUGGGAAAGAAGAAGGGGAACCUCUCUGGGAGGAUUUUCAUCGUUCCCGGUAAUCACGUUGUCUCUACAAACACGAUGGAUGACAACAGUAGGAAUGCGUUUGCAAGUGCUAGUGCUAGUGCCAGUGGAAGUGCAAGUGUGAGUUCGAGCUCAAGUUUCAGUAGCAGUUUGCCUGAUACAGAAGAUGAUCAUACCAUUGCACGCAUAUUAGCAGAAGAGGAGAACUCGAGAACUGAUCGCAAGCUCGGGAAGAGAUUAUCUCAUUUGGAUUCUAUUCCGCACACUCCUCGGGUUAACAGGGAAAUACCCGAUGUAAAUGAUGCAACACUAGACCACGAGCGGCUCUCUGAGAGGUUGGCCACAUAUGGUUUAGCUGAACUACAGAUUGAAGGUGAUGGCAACUGCCAGUUCCGAGCUUUAGCAGACCAGCUUUUCCGUAAUCCAGAUUACCAUAAACAUGUACGGAAGCAAGUUAUAAAGCAGUUAAAACUCCACCGCAAGUUAUACGAGGCGUACGUGCCAAUGAAAUACAGAAGCUACAGAAGGAAGAUGAAGAAACAAGGCGAAUGGGGAGACCAUGUCACUCUUCAAGCUGCUGCAGAUCGUUUCGAAGCCAAGAUCUGCUUAGUCACAUCCUUCCGUGAUCAAUGCUACAUCGAGAUUCUUCCCCAUAACAAGAAUCCCAUCAGAGAGGUCUGGCUUAGCUUCUGGAGCGAAGUGCAUUACAAUUCGCUAUACGCAAGCGGAGAUGUCCCCACAAGAAAACAGAGAAGGAAACACUGGCUCUUCUAGUCCUAAAUAUCCUGAAACCCAAUAAAGUCCCAAACUUUGAGAAAGUUCAGAUAUCAGUUGGAUCAUAGUUUAUACGGUUCCUUCAUUGGGUCCAUAUCCAUAUGCUUUGUGUAUUGCCAAUGCUCAGUAUAGUCCUUGAAGCUCUGUUUUUCUCUCUCUCUUUUACCUCUUUCUAUUGUGAUGUAACUCUUUAUAGUUAUAGUGCAGUGAUUCAUAAAUCACAAAAAAAAUGGGAUUAAAUUCGACCGACCGUAUGAAUA